AUGCCACCACCCUCCCGUCUGAUCCUCCAAGGCGGCGUGAAACGACUCUCUAACCUUUCCUCAACCUUCCAAGCCCUCGUUCCACGAACAGCUAGCAAACCACCUCUAUUCCUACAGCUUGCGAAACCACCACAUGCCCGCCCGUUCCACCUAUCUGCAAACUUUCCCGACGCCCAACCAAAUGCCAGCAAUCUCCUUAACAAUGUCACCCGAUCAAGAAUCCAAUCCCGCCCCGCGCGCCGGCCAAAUUCUCGCAGCUUGUCGUCCUCGUCCUCGUCCUCCUCGAAACUCAGCUUCUCCCAGCGCAUGAAGAAGCUAUCCCGGGAAUAUGGCUGGUCCGCGCUCGGCGUCUACCUGGCCCUUUCAGCUCUUGAUUUCCCUUUUUGCUUCGUUGCCGUGCGUCUACUGGGCGUUGAACAGAUCGGGCACUACGAGCAUAUAAUCGUGGAAUGGUUCAAGCGUACUGUUGGCUCAGCUUUGCUGUCCUUUGGAAAACCGGAAGCCACCGGAUUUCCCGCUGCUGGCAAAGAGGAUGGAGGAAAUGCAGGAGGUGACAUAGCCAUUGCGAGCGCUGGCGGCAGUGGCGCGGAUAAAGAUGGCGAAUCGCAUGAUCAUGGUGUUUUGGAGGCUGAGGAGCGGAAUGCGGGAUCUGAAGCCAGUUUAUGGACUCAACUUGCCCUAGCUUAUGCCAUCCAUAAGAGUUUCAUUUUCAUUCGAGUUCCCCUGACAGCAGCGGCGACACCAAAGGUCGUCAAAACACUACGGCGAUGGGGUUGGGAUAUCGGGAAACGGAAGCCCAAAAGCACCUGAGAUUGAAGGGAUUCUACGCAGUAGUAAUCAUCCGCGCCCUCAUCCCUCAACCAUCCACCAAGACACGCUCCCGAUUCCCACCUCGUGGUUGCGCUCCGCUGCUAUACCUUCACAGGACUGCAUAUCUCCCCUCAUACACACCCCCGGACUUAACAUAUAGUCCCCUCUGUGUUGUACGAUUAGAUACAUUACAUUUCUCAAUAUAUGCAACUUCCAUUAUUUAG